CUGUCAAACAUUGAAGAAUGCAAGGAAUAAAAACUACUCCGUAAACGCAGAUUUUUCACUAAAUAAUUAUAAUCCGACUACUUAUUAAUUAUGAUAAUAACUGCUUCAAAUUAUGGCAACAGCUAGUGAAUUUGGACCAGAUUCAGGUGGAAGAGUGAAGGGUCUCACCAUCGUGAAACCCAUCGUUUAUGGAAAUGUGGCUCGAUAUUUUGGCAAAAAGCGAGAGGAGGACGGUCACACGCAUCAGUGGACUGUUUACGUUAAGCCGUACAAUAAUGAGGAUAUGUCGACAUAUGUGAAAAAAGUUCAUUUCAAACUACACGAAAGUUAUAAUAAUCCAAACAGAAUCGUCACCAAGCCACCUUACGAAUUGACUGAGACAGGAUGGGGAGAAUUCGAAAUCGUCAUUAAGAUCUACUUCCACGACCCAAACGAGAGGCCGGUGACUAUUUAUCAUAUAUUAAAGCUAUUCCAAUCAACACCAGAAAUACAGUUAGGGAAAAAGAGUUUAGUCUCUGAAUUUUACGAAGAAAUAGUCUUUCAAGAUCCAACAGCUUUAAUGCAACAUUUGCUAAGUUCUUCCAGGCCUAUGACACUUGGUGUGUGGCGCCAUGAUAAUGAUUUUGAAGCCAAAAAACAGUCGACCCUUCAAGAGAUUAUGGAGGCAAAAAAUAAAAUCAGGGGAGAAGUAACAGAGCUUAAAGAAAAAUUAACCUUGGCAAAAGAAACUAUCGCCAAGUUCAAGGAAGAGAUUGCUAAAAUAUCCAAAACAAAUGGAGGUUUAAGUAUUAGUUGAUGUUGACAGUUAUUUUAAUUAUAAGAUUGAAUAACAAUAGUUUUGUAAUUGUACUGUAACUAAACUAAUUGACAAACUCUUCUGUUAUUUUAAAAAUCGUUUAGUACUUUCUUGUAUAACA